AUGAAUUGCAAAGAUUAGUUACUACUCCAAUCACCCUUGACUAAAGCACAUUCUCUUAAUACAAGAAAUUAUAGAACUGAUCCUAUCAAUUUUAAUCUGAAGUUGUAAUAAACUUUAUCUUAUAAUACCAGUCACUAUCUAGCAUCUGCAAAUGCAUCUCACCCUAAACUGAAAUUGCCACAUUAAGGUAAUACUUCAGGACUAAACAAGGAAAUCAGCCAGUUUACUAUUGGAAAUAAAUCUAGAUAAUCUAAAUUUUCACAAAAGAAAAAACCUUAAUUAAUGUUUGAGCAUCUAAAUGCAUCUACAGGUGCAUUAGAUUCUAGUGUCAUUAUUGCUCAAAACCCAGACUAUAGUUUCAACUCAAGAUCUUUGUUUCAUCCUGCAAGGCAUGUAGAUGUUAAAAAACUCAGAUGCUAGAGUAUGAUGGAAAAGAAAAAAAAGGAUUUUAUGCAGGACUUACAACAUCAAAAAGAAAAAUUAAUUGAAGUGGUUCAUAAAAAAAAGAAGUAGAGUAUAGAUAAUGGUAUUGAUGGGUAGCCUGAGCACAAUAAAUCGAUCAAUGAUAUUGUAAAUGAGGAGCCUGAAAAACCUCUCACUGGCUACAACUACAGAAAGUACUUCAAUGAAGCUCAUAUUGUGUUAAACGCAACAAAAAGUGCUAUUAGAUUAAAAAAUAUAAAUAGAAUCGCAGACUUAUCUAUGAUUGAGAUGAGAAAAGGGCUCUAGUAAUAGAAAUAUGAAAUAUUACGAAACAAAACCAAGCUAAAGGCACCAGUAAUUAGUAUCAAUAAAAAGUCUAUUGUAUGA